AAAGAAUGUUCUCUUUGGGAUCGUUUGGUUUGGAAAUUAAGUUAUUUCGAGAUUAUAGUUCUUAAACUGAUUCAUCCCACUUAAAAGGUGUUCGGUAUCAUAAUCUGUUUGAUAUGAUGGUUGAUGCUGUAAUUGCUGCAAUGGCGGUUUCAGGCUACGAGAAUGUUCCCCUGAUUUUGACGGAAACAGGGUGGCCAAGUAAUGAUGAGCACAUGAAUGCAGAGGAGAGUCAGAUGUACGCUGAGAAAUACUUACAAGGACUGAUUUCACAUUUGAAAUCUGGUCUUGGAACUCCACUCAGGAAGGAAGGUGCUGCUCAGGCUUACAUUUACCAGUUGUUUGACGACGGGCCUGAAUCGAAUUCGAAGAAGAACAACUUGAGCUCUGAUGGUGGUGAAACAGUGCAUCAGUACUGGGGAGUGAUGUACCACAACAUGACCAUGAAGUACAACAUCAAAUUUGACAAUGCUCAUCAAAUUUCCACAAUGCUUGGUUUACUCGUUCCCUCAAUCUAUUUUCUAUGGCUUCUUUACCAUUUCUUCUUCUGUCUGUUUGGUCUGGAUUGAUGAUUGACUAGUACUAGAGAAAUCUUCAUGUUAAUACUAAUUCAUUGCCUGGA